AUUUCCGCUUCAUCAAAACUCUUAACCGGACGGUUCUGUUGCUCUCUUUUUCUCUUCUGUUGUUUUGAUUUUGAAGCGAUCUCUUUCUCUUUGAGGUAGACGAUGGAGGCGGAGCUGAAAGAGCUAUUCGAGGCGGCCAAGAAAGCGGCAGACGCUGCGGCUGUUGACGGCGCCGGUGCAGAUUCUUCUCCGGAGGAAGAUCGUUGUAUAGACGCCUUGAAAGCCCUUAAAAAAUUCCCUGUUAACUAUCAAGUUCUCGUUUCCACGCAGGUGGGGAAGCGGCUUCGCCAACUAACAAAACACCCCAGAAAGAAGAUUCAGUCAUUAGCUGCUGAAAUGGUUGAGAUAUGGAAAAACAUAAUCGUUGAAGAAACAUUAAAGAACAAGAAGAACGGAAGUUCAGACAUCAUAAAAUCUGAAAAUGGAGCAGAGGCUUCCAACAAGAAAAUCCAGAAAUCAAACUCCAUCAAGAUCGAGAACGUCUCAAAGACUGAAAGUAUCAAGAUUGAGAAACACGUUCAUAGCAGCACACAAGACAAAAAAGUCAACAUUCUCAAGGUUGAAAAGCAAGAACACACUGUCAGUGUCACCAAAGAAGAAAAUAAACGACCAAAACCAAAUAAUGUCAUGGCCCCACCAAAACUAACUUCCCUUGUUUACUGCAAGGAUCCUGUAAGGGACAAAAUCCGUGAGCUUCUUUCAGAGGCAUUAUGCAAAGUUUCUGGUGAAGUUGAAGAUGAAUUGAGAGAUGAAGUGGAAGCUUCAGAUCCUUACAGAGUCGCUGUGUCAGUGGAGUCUGCAAUGUUUGAAAAAUGGGGGAGAUCAAAUGGGGCACAAAAGUUCAAAUACAGAUCGAUCAUGUUCAAUAUUAAAGAUCCUAAAAACCCUGAUUUCAGAAGGAAAGUGUUGCUUGGGCAUGUGAAACCAGAAAGGGUUCUUGAAUUGACACCUGAAGAGAUGGCGAGCACUGAAAGACAAAUGGAGAAUGUGAAAAUAAAAGAGAAAGCUUUAAUGGAGUGUGAACGUGGGGCCCCACCAAAAGCCACCACGGAUCAGUUCAGAUCCAUUUGUCAGAAGUGUAGGGCCUUAAGUGGACUUGUCAAUUACGCACGGAAGGUGCUCGAUAAAAGUCCUUGA